AAUAUGGGUGUUUGUUGACCUACUGCUUAUUAAAUUAAGUUUAAACAGAUCCAUAAGAACCCGUUGAAGAUUUCACGUUAAAAUAUUUAGUGUGUAAUCAUGAGCAGUUUCAAAUUUAUGCUGACGCUGUGCAAUUACAGCCGCAGGAUCAUUCGGAAUAAUGCUCAAACACUCACUCCCACAAGGAAUCUUUUCCACAGGUCACGACAGGAUCUCCUUAAACAUGAGCAUGUUAAAUUUGCAGUCAAGCGUCAACAGUUCAAAUCCACUGUUGUCCAGGAAGAAAAGAGUGAGGAUUCCAUACUGAAAUGGUUUCUGCUGUUGAUCCCUAUCACCACAUUUGGCCUUGGAACAUGGCAGGUAAAACGGAGGCAGUGGAAGCUGAAGCUGAUCAAAGACCUUCAUAUAUUGACGACAGCAGAUCCAAUCCCGCUGCCCACAGAUCCUGGAGAGUUGAAGGAUCUGGAGUACCGGCGUGUGAAGGUCCGUGGCCGGUUUGAUCACUCUCGGGAGUUGUACAUCCUGCCACGUUCGCUAGUGGAUCCUGAGAGAGAAGCUCGAGAAGCAGGCAGACUGUCAUCCAGUGCAGAAAGUGGAGCUAACGUUAUCACGCCAUUCCACUGUACUGAUCUAGGGAUUACCAUCUUGGUGAACCGAGGUUAUGUACCCAAAAAUAAAAUUAGACCAGAAACAAGGAUAAAGGGGCAGGUGGCAGAUGAAGUGGACCUGGUGGGUGUGGUGCGUUUGACAGAGCAGCGCAAACCGUUUGUCCCUCAGAACAACGUUGAGGCGAAUCGGUGGCACUAUCGUGAUUUGGAGGCCAUGGCGAAAGAAACUGAUGCCGAGGAGAUCUUCAUUGAUGCCGUGUUGGAGAGUACAAUACCAGGAGGACCGGUAGGAGGCCAGACAAGAGUAACACUGCGCAACGAACACAUGCAGUACAUCAUUACAUGGUAUGGACUAUGUGCUGUUACUUCCUACAUGUGGUAUGCAAAAUUCAUCAAACGCCUUAGCUUAUAACUAACCAAUGUUGGUAAACCAUGGUGUAAAUACAUUGAAAUGUAUUUUUUGUAUUGUUGGUCAAGUAUCAGAAUGAACCAAAAGUUGAAGCG